UCGUCUUUUCGUUUGUUUGCACAAGUGGAAGGUAUUCUCUGCGAUUAAUUGCAUAGCUCUCUUGGUCUGUCCCUAUUGUGCAUAAUCCCGACAAAUUCGCAAAUGAUCGCAUGCAAGAAAAAGUCGCAGCAAGUGUUUCUUCACUCUUGUUCAAACUGCCUGUCCGGCUUCGUUUUGCAUGUUUUCUUCCUAAAUCAUGAUGGCAAUGGGUGGAAAUGGAUGGCAAUGGCAAUGGUGGUCAGGGUGAUGGAUGGUGAUGGAUGGUGAUGGGAUGCACCCGCGGUCGCCACGCAGAUCUGCCUUGAUGUGGUUGGACUUGCGCUUGCCCUUCACUGAAAUUGUGGGCUCCGUGUUGAAAGCAGCCCAGGCUCACGCACAAUCACAGCUGCUUCUUUACGAGGUGUCUUCACUGGUGUCAAACAUCAAGAACGAGUCACCAGAUUGCAUUUUAUCCAAGAAAGAGUACAGUGCCAAGCAGCUAACCAAAGGCAUUGGCCGUUUCUUCAAGAGCAAGAACGAAGGUGCCAAGCAACAGGAGAAGGAGGGAAAGGAAGAAAAUUCUGAGGUACCCACGAAGAUUGUGAAUCUAGAUUGA